AUGGCUUUCACUGCUUCUGACAUCUGCAAGGUUUUUUUCUCUUCGUUUAGCCUUGCCAUCUUCCUGCCUCCUCUCGGAGUGUUCUUGGAGCGCGGCUGCAAUGCUGACUUCGUGAGUGCAUCUGGUUCAAACUGUAGAGACAUGGGAGCUUACAGACCGUCUCAAAUCUCAACAGCUUAUCAACAUCCUCCUGGUACGCCUCGUCAUUCAAGCAUGUUUUCUAAUCUCUUGGCUGACGUAUUUUCCCCUUUUAGACCAUUCUUGGUUACAUGUAUGUCUCACGAACUGUACUCACUACUCACAGAAAGCUGA